CGGCCCGCGGCGAGCCCAGCCUGCGCACUCAGAGCUCCCGGGGGGCUGGGCGGGAGUCGCUCCCCAGUCAUGGGCUUCUCCGCCCUAGUCGCCAGCGCCCUGUGCACCUUUCUGCUACCCCUGCUACUCUUUCUGGCUGCCGUCAAGCUCUGGGACCUGUACUGCGUGAGCAGCCGCGACCCCAGCUGCCCGCUCCCGUUGCCCCCGGGCACCAUGGGGCUCCCCUUCUUCGGGGAGACGCUGCAGCUGGUGCUGCAGAGGCGGAAAUUCCUGCAGAUGAAACGCAGGAAAUACGGCUUCAUCUACAAGACUCACCUCUUUGGGCGGCCCACGGUACGGGUGAUGGGUGCCGAGAACGUGCGGCACAUCCUGCUGGGCGAGCACCGGCUCGUCUCCGUGCAGUGGCCCGCCUCGGUGCGGACCAUCCUGGGCUCGGGCUGCCUCUCCAACCUCCACAAUGGGCAGCACAAGCACCGCAAAAAGGUGAUCAUGCGCGCCUUCUCCCGGGACGCCCUGCAGCACUACGUGCCCGUCAUCCAGGAGGAGGUGAGCGCCUGCCUGGCGCGGUGGCUGGGCGCCGCCGGGCCCUGCCUGCUCGUGUAUCCCGAGGUGAAGCGCCUCAUGUUUCGCAUUGCCAUGAGAAUCCUGCUGGGCUUCCAGCCCCGCCAGGCCAGCCCCGACGGCGAGCAGCAGCUGGUCGAGGCCUUCGAGGAGAUGAUCCGCAACCUCUUCUCUCUGCCCAUCGAUGUGCCGUUCAGUGGGCUCUACCGGGGCUUGCGGGCACGCAACAUCAUCCAUGCCAAGAUCGAGGAGAACAUCCGUGCCAAGAUGGCCCGCAAGGAGCCUGAGGGGGGCUACAAGGAUGCGCUGCAGCUGCUGAUGGAGCACACCCAGAGUAAUGGCGAGCAGCUCAACAUGCAGGAGCUGAAGGAGUCUGCCACAGAGCUGCUGUUUGGGGGCCAUGAAACCACUGCCAGUGCUGCCACGUCGCUAAUCGCCUUCCUAGGGCUCCACCAUGAAGUCCUGCAGAAAGUGAGGAAAGAGCUGCAGGUCAAGGGGUUACUGUGCAGUUCCAACCAAGAGAAGCAGCUGGACAUGGAGGUCUUGGAGCAGCUGAAGUACACAGGCUGUGUCAUCAAAGAGACCCUCAGGCUGAGCCCGCCUGUUCCCGGAGGAUUUCGGAUUGCACUCAAGACCCUUGAACUAAAUGGUUACCAAAUCCCCAAAGGUUGGAAUGUUAUCUACAGUAUCUGUGAUACACAUGAUGUGGCAGAUCUCUUUACCAACAAGGAAGAAUUUAACCCAGAUCGCUUCAUGUCUCCAUCUCCAGAGGAUUCCUCUAGGUUCAGUUUCAUUCCUUUUGGUGGGGGCUUGAGGAGCUGCGUGGGCAAGGAGUUUGCAAAAGUCCUUCUAAAAAUAUUUACAGUGGAGCUGGCUAGGAGCUGUGACUGGCAGCUGCUGAAUGGACCUCCUACAAUGAAAACGGGCCCCAUAGUGUACCCUGUGGACAAUCUGCCUACCAAAUUCAUAGGUUUCAGCGGCCAAAUCUGAGAGCUCAACACUGGCCUCAAACGGAUUUCUAUAUAGCAUUUAAUAUGUACAUAGUAACUUUUUAUAGUAACAAAGGCCUUUAAAUAUUUAAAACUUGUAAAUGUACAAUAGUUAUUUAUGUCUUCUAAGUAUUUCAAGAGGCUAUGAUAUUUUUUUCCCCAAGCACUACAAUUAUGGGUCUCUGAUUCAUAAUUAGAUAAUGUUAUUUCUAUAGAAAUAAAUUUCCCCUAUUUAAAAAUAUCAUUGAAAGCUGGCCAGCUAAGCAUUUGAAGACAUUUCAGGAUGGUGUAUGUAUAAGAAAUAUCCAAAAAGCAUUCAAAACAAUGGUAACUAGCUACUCAUCCAAAUUACCUGAAAUGGUUGCUGUUUGAGAAUGUUUUCAGUAUUAUUUGUGUCUAGAUUGUAUGUUUAUGUGUAAAUUUUAAGUUUGAUAAUAAAAUUUAUUUUUGAUGAUCCUUUGUAUGAAGAUCUGUGUGUAUGCUAGAGAGUAACUUAAUCGAUUGGCUCUAGGGUUUGGUUGUAAAGCCUAAUAUGCUUCUGUGAAUGAGGCAUUUGCUGCUUUUGUGUUAAUAAGUCUUCCCUCCUUCACCUGCAGUUGCUUGUGAGUAGUUAAUUGUUUUAAAUUUUAGCUGUAAAUGCAAGAACAGUACAAAACCACAUGCUUGCUGAAAACUGCAUGGAGUGAUGGCAAGUGCUACAGGUCUCCUUAUCAAGCGCAUCAUGCUGAGCCACAGUAAAUAAGAAAGAAAAGGAAAGCAGGAUAAUGUCACAUAAGUCCUUCUCUGGAGCUAGUUGAGGAAAAAAAUCCAUAAAUGUCCUCUCCUGCCAUAUUAGUGCUGACCUGUGUAAACACACCCCUGAAUCUUGUUCUCUGUUGAGCUUGCUGGCUAUGAACCUUUACUUAAGAAGGUGUCACUUUUCAGCUGGUAGAGCAAAUAAAAUCUGCUUAUUUCUCCUUGAAAUGCAACAGCUCUGACUAGGUCAGAGAUAGAGCAUGCAUUUGGUUUAAGAACUUCUUUCCUGGAAUUCAGCAAAGUGAAAACUAAAAGG